UGCGGAUAGAGUUUAACCGUAUCUCCACAGGAUGAAGGCUUGUGUAAUCGCUCUAACUAUCGGUGUGCUUGUGGCCGUGGGUCUACCCACAACAACUGCGCUUCGAUACACCGUCCACAACACUCCGGUAAAUUUCUUCACAGCUUGGCAGCAGUGUAUAGCGAAGGGAGGAGCACUAGCUGCGAUUGAGACGCCCUGUCAGAACGAAUUUGUUUAUGAUGCCAUCAAGCAGUCUGGUGGAUCUGGUGGAUGGUGGAUCUCGGGUACAGACCUUGGGCUGGAAGGAUCGUGGAUCUGGAUGUCGAAAAAUGUACCACUCGGCAACGUUAACGGGUACAUGAACUUUGCUCCUGGAGAACCAAGCAAUUCAGGUACCACUGGUGAACACUGUCUCGCUAUAGAACAAUCUCCUCAGUGGAAUGAUAUGCCGUGCGAUAAACUAUUAAACUACGUUUGCGAGUACUAUAUAUGAUGGGAGGAUGUAGUCGUCUCUUCGCAUUAUAAAUAAACUGACAAUAAAAAUACUUUUCGCUGAGUAUGAGAGAUAUAACCGUUCAUUAUUUAAAAGAUGAGAUAUCACAUGUACAUAUGAAUACUUACUCUUUUGUAAAAUGUAAGUAGUUAGUUACAGACUAUUCCAGCCGUAAUUUGGUAUAUGGUACAUGGCACUGCUACGAUAUAUCUGCACUGUGCACAUAGGCAUGUGGCCCAAGGCCAUAAAUUCCUAUUCUUUUACGACAAUCGAUGGUCAGCGCCGCGACGUACAGAAGAUGCCAUGAACUUAUUCAAUAAAACUGUUGAACAACGCUUGCUAGUUAUGGCUAGCAGCCUUAGGACAUAACAUCCUCGAAAACCCUGUAUCAUUAUCCACUAUUUCUAACUCGAAUUCUUUUGAUUUACUGACAUGUAGUAGAUACUUCUUUCAUUUUAAUUUAAACAAUUGGUAUUGAAAUUCUUCCAGAGCAUCUGCAGUUGCGAAUUUUAACGUUUUAGUGCGUCCGGUGAAGAUGAAGAUGGGAUUGGGGAUACGGGAGUAGAUUGAUUGUUAAAUGUGCUUAUGAAUUACUUAGAAAAGGGACCUCAUUUCUGUUCAAUUGUGAAUUUGUGAAGCAUGCAUCAACGAAUUUAACAACCUUUGCGUGAAGUGUGCCAGCCUUUCUUCUGAUACUAACACUUUCGUAUAAACAUUUUGUCAACCAACAACAAAAUCGUCAUUUACGUUCAUAUAGUUUGAUUUGUUUUUGUUUUAUUAAAGAGGAUAGUACCAGACACACUGUUGA